CUUAGUUAGUUCAGGUCUCUCAAACAAUCUAUUGUCGUUACAUAAGGAUCAUUUAUUGAGUUAUAAACUAAUGGAGGCAUACAGAGAUUUCCCAAUUAACGAUUAUAAAUACAAAAGUUGGUGAAUUAAUAAGUUUUAACAAUCAAAGAAAAUGGAGACAUUUCAUUAUUGAAUAUGAUUGAUUUGCGACUUAAUCAUGUCAAACCGUAACUGGAUAUGGUAAAAUAAUGUUCCAACACACAGUGGCAUGGCUUACAAGUUUUAGGAGAUUACAGGAAUUUUAACAAAGAGUUCUAAUUUAGCUGCAGGAGAUUUUUUGAUGAAGUGAAUAAAGUUUAUGAGAUUAUGAUACAACUUUGAACGUAUUAGAGAAAUACUUUAGGUUGGAAUAUGAGUGUUAGUGAAAGUAAGGUGAAGAAAGUUGGGUUUGUAAAUCCAACUGGAGGUCAGCUGAUCUGGAAUGCCAUGUCAACCCAAAGGCAGAUAAGGGCUUCGCGGCAGAAAUCCGCAUCACCCGGGAGGAAAGAUGGAAAAUCUCGCUCAAAAUCCCCACCAAAAUCUGGCAGGUCUUCCCGAUCGAAAUCUCCUCCAAAAUCAGGGAAAUCUAGGUCAAAAUCUCCACCAAAACAAGUCAGAAUCGCUGCAUCUGCAAAAUCAGGGAGUAGCGAGGGUACAGGAAUUGCAUCAGCCAAUCAGAAAGAGCGUGGACUGAAGGUUCUGGACUACUCUGACCAAGGAAUGACAUCAGUUCCAAUAUCACUGUUCAUAGGGAACAGUCUGACGGGAGUUCUUAAUCUAUCCAGUAACAACCUACGCUCAAUCCCCUCAGCUGUCUACAAAAUGGAAAGUCUCUUUCGGAUAGAUCUCAGCCGAAAUGGAAUCCGCUGUAACCAUCCUAACGACUACGGUGGGCUCCCUAAAGAAAUGGAGAAUCUUAAAGAUUUAGAGAUUUUUGCCAUCUCAGAAUGUAAUCUGCUGUUCGUUCCUCCAGCAAUAUGGCGACUGAAGACUCUUUUAAAACUGGAUCUCAGUCGGAACAAAUUUAAUAUUCUAUUCCCAGAAAUAGGACAACUGACAAAUUUGAAACAUUUGAACUUACAACAAACAAAUAUUGUAACAUUGCCCCCGGAAAUUGCGUACUGCCAAGACCUGGAGGAGAUCCUACUCUGGGGGAACACAAUUGAGAGCCUGCCUGAUACGUUAAAGAUGAUGAAGAGACUAAAACGACUGUCCAUGAACCAUAGAAGCUUCUGUGCAGGCAUCGAUUCAUACAUGGAGAACCUGCUCAGAAAAGGCCAGAUCCAAUCAGAGCAUAUCCCACCUGUUUUAUUUGAACUACCUGGAUUAGAACUCUUAGAUCUUGAAGGAACCAAGAUAAACAAUCUCCCCGAAAAGUGCCUUCCUUCUCUCCGUGAACUUUACUUGAACAAGAAUUUCUUCCAAACCAUGCCAUCUGCUGUAUUCUACUUGAAGCAUAUCAAGGUCUUAGACAUCUCAAAUAAUGUCAUAAAGAAAGUACCAAAAGAAAUUGGUAAUAUAAAAACAAUAGAGGUCUUACGAAUGAACAAUAACAUUAUAGAACAUGUACCAAGUGCUAUAGGGAAACUGAUCAAUCUAUUGGAGUUAGAAAUGAGUGGGAAUCUAAUCUCCACUCUACCCCGCAAACUGGGCAACCUAAGCAAGCUAAAAAGGCUCAUGUUGGGUCAUAACAAAAUAGCAGAGCUCCCUGAUAGCAUAUGUGAAUUAAGAGCACUCGGGACCCUUGACCUCACAGAUAAUAAGCUGGUGUCGCUCCCCAUGCAGUUAUUCCAGCUGGAAAAUAUCUCUUCAGCACACAGCUACAGAAAACUCCACCAAACAGGGCUAUGGCUACACAACAAUCCACUCACUACACCCCCGCAGGAAAUAUGGAAAACUGACGAUCAUUUGAAAAUAUUUGAGUAUCUGAAAAAGCUUCAAAUUCUAACGAUUAAGAAUCUAAAACGUCAAAAAAUGUUAGUGAUUGGUGAUUCUCAAGCAGGGAAAACGACGCUCAUUAACACCCUGAUCCAACAUAAAUCCAUGCUGACCAAUGGCGUUGAUGAUAGCACUUCAAUCCUUGAACAAAAUCAAUGGAAGACAGAAAAUAAUGUGAGGUUCACAGUGUUUGAUUUUGGCGGUGAUUCAACAUACAAAAUCAUGCACCCGAUGUUCCUGGACCCCAAAGCCUUGAUCCUGCUUGUGUAUGACCAUCGAAAGUACACAGAACAAGGUCAUCAGGAAGCAAUAGGCUACUGGAUUGAUAUGCUACACAUGCACACCCCAGGUGCAGUUGUAAAACUAGUGGGAACCCAUAUAGAUCUCUGCUAUGAGGGAAUCAUUGAGAGUACAACCGAGGCUGUAACGCAACAGGUACAGCAACAGCUAGAUGCUCACACACAGAAGCUUCAAGAUGAGCUCAACAAGAUUGAGAGACAACUAGCAACAGCUGAGAGAACCAACAAUCAAGCUGCUUUAGGCACACUGCAAAAAAAGAAGAAUAAAAUCCAGGUUCUUAUCAACAACCCACUGAGGGUUAUUCCUGAUGUCAGCCUGGUUAGCUGUUCACAGGAUCUCACUGGUGUUUCUCAGUUAGAGGGUGACGUUGAACGACUCGUUAUUGAUAAAACAUUGUUCCCAUAUGCUCAGAACCCAGUGCCACCUAUAUGGGAUCGUCUAGGUGCCAGGAUGAAGAAUCUGAAGGAGCGAUACAUCACAUGGCCUAUAGUUAGAAACUGUGGGGUGAAGCUAGGAAUCGAGGAUGAUACAUUAGUGAGGGCUUUAACGUACCUCUGUGAUACAGGUGAAAUCAUGUGGUUCCCAAACCUUCACCAUCUCAGAAUGGUUGUCUUCCACAAACCCAGGCUCCUUAUCAACCUCAUUCACGGUCUCUAUCGGCAUAACAUCAACAACUUCUUGGAUUUCUCAGAGAACCGAACCCUCGCUAGCAAGGGCCAGUUCACAGUAGAUACCUUUGAAGAGGCUAAAAUGAAUUUCUUGACUCUCGGACAAGUGUCUAGGCCUCUUAUGAACUGCUUCUGGUUUUAUCUCAAACUCAGCUAUGAGGAAUUUAACGAACUUGUUGAUUUUGUGCCUCUGUUGGAUAUCUGCUACACUAUUCCUCAAUCUGAGGUGCCAGUCAGGAAAUCAGAAUACGAUCCACUAGUGGUGAUCCCAUGGUACAAUAGGGACCCAAAACCUGAUGAUCUUGAUUCAAUAUGGCCGCCUGAGUUGCCUAGUGACCAUACCGAGCAAGAACUCACAUAUACAUUCCCAAUUCAAGUGCCUGAUGGACUAUUUGAAAAACUGCUUGCGCGGAUACAGGAUUUUGUCAAAAGUCGUAUUGACUGGAGAGAUCUGACAUAUGCAACUAUUGAAAAUGGCGUUGUGUUGAUUGAACGGAAGUUAAAUGCAGCCAUGUAUGACUAUAUCAUAUCGACGACUGUGAGGACCACAGAGCCCCAAAGUGCACAUGAACUAUUUAAUCAGAUCAAGGAUAUCAUGCAAGAACUAACAUCAUUCAGUCAAGGUGCCAUUUACUCUAUAGCAUUGCAGUGAAAUAAAAUGUGACAAAAGGGUCAAUACUAUUUUCAAAGACAUGAAAAGACAAAGAGCAACAUUUGAGAAAAGAUAUUUAGAGGAAUAAUUAUGAAAGAAAAUGAAGUUAUCAGCACUUCAUUACAAUUAACUUCAUGAUUGCAUAGGGUUUAUUUGAACCAAUAUAUUUAUCUACUUAAGACUAAUAAAAUGUGAUAUUUUAUUUUGCAAGAAAUAGUGCUGUUGUGACAUUGUCUAUACAGAUCCAUAAACUGACACUUUGUUUAUUGGCAAUAACCAUAAUUAUGAACUAUGGAUUUAGCCAUUUUAAUCCGACAUGACAUCUUGCACCAAAAUCAUUUUUCUUCAAUAUCAGCUUAUGUUACUUAUCUCCAUGGAAGGGAUUUACUUAUUGGCAAUGUUUUAAAGCUAAACAAGACAGUCUGAGAGACAUAACAUACCAUUAAAAUACAACACACUUUUUUACUUUUGAUUAACAUGAUUUUGCUAAAAUUACAAUAGCUUGAUUGUGAUUUUUGAAAAUAUCAAAUGUUAAUUUCAUCAUUGAUGUAAAUGGAAAAUAUGUGUACUCCGAAAUAGGAAUAAUAGUGAAUUCAUCAGGUGAGGACAGAUGUUUAACCCCAUUCCCGAUCCCAUACUC